CCCGGUUCCAGCUUGUUGCAUGCCCACCAUCACCACCACCAAUCCGCCAAAUCUCGCAAGUCGGACGCCGCGAGCCCGUCCGUGACCAAUCGGCGCCCCAACCACAUCGCGUCACUCCCAAUUCCUGCCUAACGUUUUCCCAGACAAAGGCUUAAGCCAGGCCCUGCGCAAUGACGGACCGGGAGUCGCCAACAAUCCCGCAGCGACUCGAUCCCGGAGUCGGAGUUGUCGGGGACAAAGCCUCAAGGUCGUUGCCGUAUUCGGCAUCCUAUCCUGGGGUAGGCUUACACCAGACCAAUAUGGACGAUGCCGCUGCUGCGUCGAGGGGUCCCGUUUUCGACAGGCAAUCCUUUGCGGUCGACGACGCGAUGCGCCUCCCUCAACCCCCCAAUCCCCACCACAUCGCGCUCUCGCGCAGCACCUCCCAAGGCACCACCAAUUCCACGAACGGCGCCGACCCCGUGUUUACCCCGCCCGCAAAUGGAGGCAGGGUGAGUCCCGGUUCUGGCAGCGCUGGCGGCUCGAGCCAGGAUUCCCAGCUGCGACAGCUGUCCCAGAUCGCCGCCGCCCAAGAGAGGAUACCCGAGGACACGGCCGAGGCGGGGACCGGCGCGUCAAGGAAGCGAAUGGCCGACGGCAUGGUCAAGCACACCCGCGACAUGUCCAAUGUGUCUCCGGGGCAAAUGGCUGGUCAUUCGAGGAAUACCAGCACCGUCAGCGUGGCUUCCACUGCGGGAAGUCGCAUUGGAGAGCUGUCGGCUGAACUGAAGACGCGCUUGUCGUACGCCAUGGUCAAGGUAACUCAUGGCUGGCAGUCGCAUUCCAUCGACCAGGUGGAAACACUGGCCUCGCAAGCGGCCUCUCCUGCUUCUACUGCCUCUACAAUACACAUGAGGAACGGGUCCUCAGCAAGCCCUCAGCUUUCUGCGGCUUCACAUCCGGCGAGCAACAACGCGACCCCCGCUACGGCCCCAUAUUCUCAAAAUGCAGGUCGUCCUGGAGAUCUCCGGUGGAGAGAAUCCCCGCAGUCUACGUCGCGAGGAAGCUCAGCAUCCCCUGUCAAGACCAACCCCGGUCUGGCUCCUCCAGUUUCCAUCCAGCCGUCUCAGCACCCAGGCAACCCGCGGCGUGAUCCCAAUGCCAGACACGUGCCUUCGUUCCUGUCCACUCAUCAUACCUCACCGCGGUCAGCGCUGCAUACAAGCCCGUAUCUUGCCCCUGGACGGCACCAGGGCGCAAUGGCUGAAGCGAUGCUGGUCUCCCCGCACACCAACGUCCGUGAGCAAGAUGCGAUAGAGUCGCUCCUCUUCAUGAGCAGCCCGGGCAACUCGGCCAACCUCAAGCACGCCUUCCCCAGCUCCUCCCAGCCUCUCCCGUCCAGCCACCACGCAACAGGGCCUCAGAGAACCGCCCUGCCCACCUCGCAACCGCGGAAAAGCCUCCCGUCCGGACGACCAUCCCACCACUCCCGUUCGCAAUCCCAGUCCCAACCAACAACGACAGUAACCAAGCGCGUCAACUUCGAAAAAUCGCCCUCCGCAAUGGACAUCGACGAACCACAACAACAAAAACAACCCUUCGGCUCGCCCAUGUCCGUCACCCGCGGCACCCCACAACAACGGAGGAGGAUGAACGGUAGCAGCAGCAACAACGGCGGCGACCACCUACUACCCCCUCCUCCUCCACCACCACCUCCUCCGGCGGGAGUAAAGCAGCUGCCCGUGUCGGCGGGGUUGUCGGUGCCAUCCAGACCGCGCCCUGCGCUGGCGGACGAGGAGAUCGAUGCCAUGUUGGAACGGGCGGCGGCCGCGGCGGAGGACUCGGAUUCCGAUGGGGAGAUCCAGAUCCCUGUAAACAUAGCGAGGGGGCGUCGGGACGGCGCGAGCGCGACGGGGGCGGCGGGGACUGUGGUCAGCUGAUUUUUUUCUCUUUCUGAUUCUGGCUUUGGACUUCAUGCCGAGGGAUGGUGGGGCGUUGCAUGAGCUGGAAGGAAGGGAAGGUGAGCGGUGCUUUACCCUUCCACGGGCACACACAGAGAGCCAUACAAUGGGAUACAUGCUUUAUUCUCUCAUCUAGCAUAGCGAGCAAGAUCUAUCUUCUGACUGACUUGUGAAUCCGGAUUUUCUUUUCACCAUUCAACACUGUGCAUGUCGUUCCCUAUUCUUUAGCCAUCAUGAUGUCUGUUUUGCGCACUGAGAUCUGAGCCACAUGCCUAGGUGCCUUACCUUGUGUGAUGGGUUGGCAUCUAAAGAGGAUUUCGGAGAGUUUUGCAUGGCUU